UCAAAGUCACAAUGAACAUUUGUUACGCUUAAUUCAAUAUGAGUCGAGUGUCUCGAACGGGUUAUUGUCUCUGUAUUCUCACUAUUACAACGUGGUUAAUUCAAUUUAAGCUACAUCACUUAUCAACACCACACAUUACGCUUCAGAAACCCGUGCCAUCUCAUCCACAUAUUAUAUUCAUUCUUGCUGACGAUUUGGGCUGGAAUGAUGUUGGUUUUCAUGGAAUGAAUCAAAUUCCCACGCCAAAUAUUGAUGCUUUAGCCUACAGUGGCGUGAUCCUUCACAAUUAUUAUACCCUGCAUGUUUGUUCACCAAGCCGAGGAGCUCUUUUAACAGGAAUGCAUCCUAUUCAUUUGGGACUUCAAGACAGCCUUUUAGGAUCCAUGACUCCUUCUGGGCUGCCCCUGGCUUUUAAACUUCUGCCAGAAUAUUUAAAGGGUGAUUUGGGUUAUGCGACUCAUAUUAUGGGGAAAUGGCACCUAGGAGCUCAUCGAUCCAUGUACACACCCAUUUUUCGUGGAUUUGACAGCCACGUGGGUUUCUGGCAUGGACAAGAAGAUUACUUCAACCACACCUCCAGGGCGGAACAUAAAGGAAGUAGAGGCUAUGACUUUCGGAGAGACAUGAAUAUAUCAUUCAGCGAUGACGGAAAAUACGUAACAGACAUAAUUACCAAAGAGUCGAUCAAGAUCAUACAAAAUCACAAUUCGGCACGGCCGUUAUUCUUACUUGUGUCACACGCAGCUGUUCACACUCCUGUUCAAGCUCAUGUUAGUGUUACGGAACAAUUUUCUUACAUAAAUUGCUCUCCUGCUUGGCACAACAAACGACAAGUUUUUGCAGCCCAAUUGAAGUCAUUGGAUGAAUCUGUAGGACACAUUGUGCAGGUUUUACAACAAGAGAUGAUGCUGGAAAACUCCAUAAUCGUGUUCAGUACAGAUAAUGGAGGGGCUGGGGACAAAUACCAUGGUGCUGUUGGCUCCAACUUUCCUCUGCGAGGUAUGAAAAGUGGCCUGUUUGAAGGCGGUAUUCGAGGUGUUGGAGCCGUAUGGAGUCCACUCAUUCAAAAUCAGGCAAGAAUAUCAUCUGAAAUGAUGACCAUAUAUGAUUGGUUACCAACACUGUACUCUGCGGCAGGAGGUCAGUUCACUGAACUACCCAAAAUGGAUGGAGUUGAUUUAUGGCCCGCAAUAUCGAAGCAGCAAGUGUCACCAAGAAAAAUCAUUCUUCACAAUUCAUCUUCAUCCAAGAAGGUGUAUGCAUUAAGAGUUCAAAACUACAAAAUGGCAAAGAUAACGCACAAGGGAAAUCGAGGGUUCAACUUUUGGAGGUCAGUUCACUGA